AUGCACUUCGCAAAUGUUUUAUUUAUGCUGACAGAUAUUUGUGGGCCCGUCGUGGUGUUAUCCGCCGGGGGUGGCGGUAGCGGAGAAGUGGGCGGGGGUGGGGCUGGUUGCCGACGACGUGAUCUUGAAACUCGUGGGAGUGGCGGUCGGGGUGCCUUUUGUCUUUCCACCAUCAGCUCUUCUGUUGCGGGGAGCGCGGGGGGCUGCGGCCCCGUGGUGGGGCUCCCCUCCUACAAAAAGCGACAAGGUAGCGGCGCCGCAUGGGGUCGAGGUGGCCGUGGACGUGGCAGAGGUCGCGGGGGCGGCGGCGCGAUCCUCCAGGGGUCCGGCGUCGCCCCCGCGAAUUACCCCCCAGGACUACAGGGCGUCGGACUGGAAGUCGUAAGCAUUCUCGGGCAGAGGAACCAAAUUGGGACGCUCAGUGGGGUGGGUCCACCACCAGGUGCCUCUGAGUCCGAUGAAACCGGCGACGAGGAGGAGGUAAACUUACCAAAGAGGCCACCCAGGCCUCUCUACAGAAGGCUAAUCAACUACGUUCGCCAAGCUUGGACUGGUGUCAAAUUUGCUUUAGCUGACAUGAUGUGUGAUAUAGAUUCUGAAUAUGAGGAGGAGCAAAUACCCAGGUACAGGCCGGACUCAUUGGCGAGUCUUUGCAGGGCAACUCGAUUUACAGAAGCUGAGCUGAAGAGGAUAUACCGAGGCUUCAAAGCCGAAUGUCCCACGGGAGUCGUUCGAGAAGAAACCUUCAAGUGCAUCUACUCCAAGUUUUUCCCUCAAGGAGCGAACACGAGUCAGUACGCACACUAUGUUUUUAACACACUGGAUCAAGACCAUAGUGGACUUCUAAGCUUCGAGGAUUUCGUUACGGGUCUGAGCAUACUAUCCCGAGGAUCGAUGGACGAAAAAUUGAGGUGGACGUUUUCUCUAUAUGACAUCAAUGGCGAUGGAUGUAUCACGAGGGAAGAAAUGACGGAUAUUGUUACUGCAGUUUACGAGCUGAUGGGAAAAUUCGCUGAUCAGAAUCUAAACCAUGACAACGUUCGUGAAAAAGUAGAUAGAAUGUUUCUGAAAAUGGACGGUAACAAGGAUGGUGUGGUAACGCUUUCCGAAUUCCUGGAAGCUUGUCGUGCUGAUCCUGAUAUUUCCACCAACAUAGCAGCCUUCGACACGGCCUUCUGACAGUCGAUGCGACCUCACUACACGCCCUGGACCUGAAAAUGUUCUUGCAAGCAGAUUUGUUUCAGCAUUCUCAUUUUUCUUCCUGAACUUGAAGAAAAAGCGUGCACCAAAAUGUUCUCGUGUGACGAUUCACGUCGUCUUGGAGAACCAAGAGCAAAUAGUCGUGCAAAUGGCAAGAAAAGAGAAAAGGAGAAAAAAGGCAAACGUGCAGACACAAAAAUCGUAAAAGCUCAACUGUCGACACCUGCGCCAAUUCCCGUAGGAGAAUGUUCCGAGUUCGAAAAAGUCUCUCUAAAGUAAAAAGCCAUUCAGCGGAAUCAAUUUUUGAUGGUAAAAGAUAUAUAGAUUUUGGACAAGCCUUUUCAGCGUAAAAGCUAUUCUUUUAAAAACAUAAAACAAAGUUGUUUAGCAGAAAAAUAUAUUAAAAAUAUAUUGAUGUGAAUUUGCAAAGAAAUGAACUUUAUCUAUAAUUGUGCCAAACGAUUGCAUUUUGAUGAAAUUAACAAAAGGAUCUGCUCGUUUUUUUAGACAGAAAGUGGUAAAGUGGAUUCGCAAAAACUGAAUAUUCUAAUUGCACGCUGAUGCAGAUAUUUUAUUAAUAGUCAUGAUACACGAAUAUUCAUUUCGUGAUAUUUACUGACAAUGAAAUUCAACCACGGACUUUGCGAUUCACUUUUGUGAUUAACUGGUGUUAAUAUGGCAGAUUCGUGAGAUGCCGAUGUAGAAAUAAAAUUUCGAAAAGUAACUUAUACAGUGCUCAGUAAACUAUUAUUUAAAAAAUUGUAUAACAUUUUGUUUUCAAAAGUUAAGACGCUCCUGUUUUUCCUUCAAGCCCGGUGCUAGUACUACUUAGCUAAAAGAAAAAUGUAUACUUGUCGAUUAAGUUUCUCGUCUGUAAUUUUAUUGUUUCGAGUUUUGUAUUUUGUAUAGACAGAGAAGAGUAUAUAAAUAGCUAUUCUCAGACGUAAGUGAGAACGCAUGCGCAUAUUUGAAUGAUUCGUCUAGAAAAUUAUUAAUUUAAAUUAUCGUUAUUAGCUUCGAAGUCGACGGAGAGCCUGCGAAACGUUGUAUUUAGUGUAUAAGGGGUGCAAAUGUGAACGAUGAAAAGUAUAUUUAUUUUUGUGACAGGGCACAUUGAGCUUAGUCUUAAAAGCGGGGCGAUCCACGACUCGUGGUUUGUCCUUAAAAAGGCGCUGCUAAGAAAAGAAACAAAUCAAAGUUAUUCUAUAUACAAAAAUAGAUCAAAGUUUAUUCCAGUUUUGGCAAAAACAAAUUAUUGAUGCAAGGCGUAUGAUUAAAAAAAAAAACUUGUCACCACUGACUCCUGUUUAUUACUGUACAUAAAAAAUACCUGGACGCAAUCGCAUAUAACUAUUAAACAGAAUCUUUUUAUAUCUUUCAAAAACUUUUUGAAGUGUUCAAAAAAAUAUAAUAAUAAAAACAAUUGGAUAAUUGUGAAGUA